GUCACUUUUCCGUCUUAUCCUUUCAUCUCACUUUAUUUAUCCACAACUCUUUCCGUCUAUAUCUCCUCCGGCACCGAUCGGAAUUAAACUCCGGCGACGGUUAUUCUACCAGAUCCGUCACAUGUCAACCGAUCAGAUUAUGGAGAAUCAAAAUUAUUUCAACAAUUUAACUAAUAUGAUCGAUUUCAUCACCAAACCGGCUUUAAUCGAAACAUUUGUCGACAUUUUCUUAUGUGCGGUACCGAUUUGGUUCGCGGUGAUGCUCGGAGUUGUGAUCGGAUGGGCCUGGACGCCGCGGUGGACCGGAAUCGUGUUCCUAGGGUUCCGGUCGAAGUUGCGAGGGUUUGUUUGGACCGCUCCACCGGGAUUCGGUGCUCGACGGUUGUGGCUAGCGUUUACGGCUCUCUCGGCGUUUUCUGUUGGCCGGCGGAUGUGGUCGAAGUUACGAGAGAAGGAGCGGAAGGAUGAGGAUGAACUAGCGCCGCCGCGUGCGGUGGUGGCUGGGGAGGUGCCGGUGGAUCAGUGCGGUGAUGGAAGUUGCGUUGAUGUUAAGUGCAGCAUUGUAAAUUCAGAGGGAGACCAUGAUGUUGUCACAGGGAAGGAUCUAGAAUAUUUAUUGCAUCUUCUUGAUGGUAAGGAUGCUGUUUGGGAAAAUAUGAUUGAGCGCUCUACCACCAAUAUGGCUUGUCAAGCUUGGCGUUAUGAGCCUCAGACUGGCCCUAUUGUCUACCGUAGCAGAACUGUGUUUGAAGAUGCAACACCCGAGCUGGUUAGAGAUUUCUUCUGGGAUGAUGAAUUUCGACCUAAGUGGGACCCAAUGCUGACUUAUGUAAAAAUAUUGGAAGAGUGCCCUCGUACCGGGACCAUGAUCGUCAACUGGAUCAAAAAGUUCCCGUUUUUCUGCAGCGAUAGAGAAUACGUCAUCGGUCGUAGGAUAUGGGAAGAUGGGAAGACUUUCUACUGUGUUACAAAGGGAGUUCAAUAUCCAGGUGUGCGGCGGCGUGACAAGCCGAGGCGUGUGGACCAUUACUUCUCAAGCUGGGUGAUCAGGCCCGUGCAAUCCCGAAACGGUGACGGGCUACUUUCAGCAUGUGAAGUAAUACUGUUGCAUAACGAAGACAUGGGGAUCCCAAGAGACUUAGCUAAGUUAGGUGUCCGUCACGGCAUGUGGGGAACCGUGAAGAAACUUCAUGGCGGUUUCAGAGCUUAUCAAACCGCACGAAAACAAGAUGCGACACUGUCAAGAUGCGCACUCAUGGCAACGAUCACCACAAAGAUCUCUUUUGAGACCGUGCCCGGGGAUCAAAAUACUGAAGAUGUUAGUAACACACCGGUCGGCAAAGUAGUUGGCGGUGGAGUGGACUGGAGAUGGGUGGCGGUUGGCGGGGCAGUGGCGGUUGUUUUUGGACUUCGUACGGGAACCUUAGGAAAAAUGUUGGUGGUUGGUGGCGUAGGGCAAAGAUUCGGUCGAAGAAGAUGAGGCGUUAGUAAAAGAGGAGUGUUACUAUUCGUGUGGCGAGCAAGGAUGAUAUAGGUUUAUAACGAGUAUAAUAAAUCGAUAUUGUUAUUUACCGGCACCAUUGUUGGGUUAUGGUUUGAAUUUUUUGUAUAUACAUAUAAUAUAGUUAAACGGUUUAUAUAUCGUUAGGGAUUUUAUAUAUUCUCAUAAUCUGGAGUGACCCGAAUUAACUUGAA